GGAAAAUCUAGUUGCCUGGAUUCUCCCUCCUAUUUCCCCCCAAACACCGGUGCUAAGGACUGAGCAGGGUGUAGAAAGGCAGGCCUGUUGAGGGGAGGCACCCAGAACUUCAGACAUCUCUUCCAUCCCACAGGUGGCCACGAUGGGGUCUGAGCUACUCCUCUUCCUCCUCCUGACCCUCCUGGGCAGCUCACAUGGAACAGGGCCAGGUAUGACUUUGCAACUGAAGCUGAAGGAGUCUUUUCUGGUGAAUUCCUCCUAUGAUUCCACCUUCCUGGAACUGCUUGCAAAGGUCUGCCUCCUCCUCCAUCUCCCAUCUGGGACCAACAUCACCCUCCAUCAUGCAGGACCCCCACACCACGUCACAUGCAAAGUCUGAGAGCAGUUGUGCCCCUCAUGGCCAGAGCAUUUGACCCCUGGGGCUCAGGGGGUGUGCCCUAACCCUGUCUUCCUGUGGGCCCUCCCCUGCUGAGUGGCAAUAAAUAUGCUGAAUUCA